CGACAGAAAAAGUACAAAAAAAAGAUCUUGCUCCUCUCCCGAAGCAAGAGGCUGAUCGAUCGCGGGGUGAUCUUUUUUUUUCCGUAUGGAAAUAAAUUGAGCUCCAAUUUCUGCCCAGUAUCUGCUUGUAUUAGGUCCAAGGAGCCUUCAAGAGAGAUUUCUAGGAUUAUCUUGCUAUUUUUGGGCUUUAGACAGUUGAGAAAAUGGCACCUUUCCGAAAGGCCCUAGGAGCAGUGAAGGAUCAAACCAGCAUCGGUCUUGCCAAAGUCUCGAGUAACAUCGCCCCUGACCUCGAUGUGGCCAUUGUGAAAGCCACCAGCCACGACGAUGACCCUGCAGAUGAGAAAUACUUGCGUGAGAUCCUCAACUUCACUUCAUAUUCUCGGGGAUAUGUAAGUGCUUGCAUUUCCACAGUUUCGAAGAGAUUGAGCAAGACCCGAGACUGGAUUGUCGCAUUGAAAGCGCUUAUGCUUAUUCACCGUCUUCUCUCCGAUGGAGAUCCUGCAUUUCAGCAUGAGAUCAUGUAUGCAACUCGAAGGGGGACAAGACUUCUCAAUAUGUCGGAUUUUCGAGAUGAAGCUCAUUCGAGCUCUUGGGACCAUUCUGCAUUUGUUCGUACUUAUGCACUGUAUUUAGACCAGCGGCUUGAGCUCAUUGUUUAUGAGCAGAAGCAAGGAGGUGGUGGUAAUGCUGAGAGCAAUGGUGGUCGUCGGCCAUAUCAGUAUUCUAGGGAUCAAGACUGGAGGUCGCCUCAUCGUUCUGAUUAUAGUGAGCAUGAUCCUUAUGGAAAUGGGGAUUAUCGAUAUGAUGAUAGGUACAAGAGCCCAAACCAAGGGUCUGAAGAAAGAAAGCCAAGGACACCAUUGAGAGAUAUGAAGCCCGAGAAGGUUUUGGGUAAGAUGCAUCAGCUACAGCAGUUAUUGGAGCGGUUCCUUGCUCUUCGGCCCAUGGGCUUAGCAAAGAACAGCAGAAUGGUCCUUGUUGCUCUUUACCCUACUGUGAGAGAGAGCUUCCAGCUUUAUGCCGACUUGUGUGAAAUCUUGGCCGUGCUUCUCGAUCGGUUCUUUGACAUGGAGUAUCCUGACUGUGUUAAGUCGUUUGAGGCCUAUGCCAGUGCUGCGAAGCAAAUUGAUGAGCUUGCAGCUUUCUAUAGCUGGUGCAAGGAUAUCGGGGUUGCCAGGUCAUCGGAGUUCCCUGAGGUUCAACGCAUAACUGACAAACUCCUUGAGACAUUGGAGGAAUUCGUGAGGGAUAGAGCAAGAAAGCCCGUUGAUCUCCCCAGAGAGCCAGAGCCAAUCCCUCAACCCAUUGUGCAAGAUGAAGAACCUGUUGAGGAUAUGGACAAUAUUAAAGCACUUCCAGCACCUGCAGAUUAUGAAGAAAAGCCUGUUGAGGAGAAACUAGAACCUAAACCAGAGCAGCCAAAGCAGCAUGAAGGUGAACUGGUAAAUCUCAGAGAAGAAUCUUUAUCUGCAGUUGACCAUGAAAAUAGAUUGGCAUUAGCACUUUUCUCAGCAGGAGGAGCAACUUCAGCUAGUAAUGGAUCAUGGGAAGCAUCCCCUUCAGAAAAUGGUGGCACUCAAGUGACUUCAGCUUGGCAAACUCCAGCAGCAGAAAAGGGAAAGGCAGAUUGGGAGCUUGCAUUAGUUGAAACAGCGAGCAAUCUCUCUAAGCAGAAAGCCAAUUUGGCUGGAGGAUUCGAUCCAUUGCUAUUGAAUGGCAUGUACGAUCAGGGAGCAGUGAGGCAGCACGUCAGUGCUCAAACUAGUGGAGGGAGUGCAAGCAGUGUAGCUUUGCCUGUCAAAAGCAAAACCCCGGUUUUGGCUUUACCUGCUCCUGAUGGCACAGUUCAAACUGUUGGUGGAGAUCCUUUUGCUGCUUCUGCUUCAAUUCCGCCGCCUUCUUAUGUACAAAUGGCUGACAUGGAGAAGAAGCAGCAGCUACUGACACAUGAGCAGCUGAUGUGGCAGCAGUAUGCUCGGAAUGGAAUGCAAGGGCAGACAAGCUUGGCUAGGCUCGAGAAUAGCUACACUUACCUUAAUCCUGCGAUGCCAUAUGGAAUGCCACCGGUGUAUGGAAAUGGAGGAUACUACUAUCCACCCUACUGAUUGUUGUCUUUUUGAGUAAGGGCCUAUUCUUUCUUUCUUUGCCUCUGUUCAUUGGCUAGUUGUUUGGGGCUUUAUUCUUGUGUUUGUACACGCAUUGAAGAGUGAAGGGCUGGCAGAGAUGCAGGUUGCUUUUGAGUACCGGUUUUGAUAUUCAAACAUCGAACCUUAUGGUUAAGGUGAAACGGGUGCUUCAAAGCAAACUGCUCCUCAACAGCACUUCUACUGCUUGUGCUGAUGUUUCAUCCCUUUGAUUGUGUUAUAGUAAAUAUGCAUGUAUCUAAUUAAUUUGAUAAACCUCUGUUUCUAUUUCCUAGCACGUCUGAAAUAUUCAUGUUAUUCAACGUACUGAUUUGUACUAUAGAUUCUUGAUCUGCAACAUGUUUAAUGUUAUGUUGUUCCAAUA